GCCUCCCGUCCCCCGCGCGCCUGCCGCCGCCGGUCAUGUCAGGAUGGAGAUCCGGCAGCACGAGUGGCUCUCGGCCUCCCCCCACGAGGGCUUCGAGCAGAUGAAGCUCAAAAGCCGCCCCAAGGAACCGUCGCCGAGCCUGACCCGAGUGGGCGCGAACUUCUACAGCAGCGUCAAGCAGCAGGACUACAGCGCCAGCGUCUGGCUCCGGAGGAAAGACAAGCUGGAGCACUCCCAGCAGAAGUGCAUCGUGAUCUUCGCCCUGGUCUGCUGCUUUGCCAUUCUUGUCGCUUUGAUAUUUUCAGCUGUGGACAUCAUGGGAGAGGAUGAGGAUGGACUCUCAGAAAAAAAUUGUCAAAAUAAAUGUCGAAUUGCCCUGGUGGAAAAUAUUCCUGAAGGCCUUAACUAUUCAGAAAGUGCGCCUUUCCACUUACCACUUUUCCAAGGCUGGAUGAAUUUACUCAACAUGGCCAAAAAGUCUGUUGACAUAGUGUCUUCCCAUUGGGAUCUCAACCACACUCACCCAUCAGCGUGUCAGGGUCAACGUCUUUUUGAAAAGUUGCUCCAACUGACAUCACAAAAUAUUGAAAUCAAGCUAGUGAGCGAUGUGACAGCCAAUUCAAAGGUAUUAGAAGCCUUGAAAUUAAAGGGGGCCGAGGUGACGUACAUGAACAUGACCGCCUACAACAAGGGCCGGCUGCAGUCCUCCUUCUGGAUUGUGGACAAACAGCACGUCUAUAUCGGCAGCGCCGGUCUGGACUGGCAGUCCCUGGGACAGAUGAAAGAGCUUGGCGUCAUCUUCUACAACUGCAGCUGCCUGGUCCUAGAUCUACAAAGGAUAUUUGCUUUGUACAGUUCAUUAAAAUUCAAGAGCAGAGUACCUCAGACCUGGUCCAAGAGACUCUAUGGAGUCUAUGACAAUGAAAAGAAAUUGCAGCUUCAGUUGAAUGAAACCAAAUCUCAAGCAUUUGUGUCGAAUUCUCCAAAACUCUUCUGCCCUAAAAACAGAAGCUUUGACAUAGAUGCCAUCUACAGCGUGAUAGAUGAUGCCAAGCAGUAUGUGUACAUUGCUGUCACAGACUACCUGCCCAUCUCUACCACGAGCACCAAAAGGACUUAUUGGCCAGACUUGGAUGGGAAAAUAAGAGAAGCACUGGUUUUGCGAAGCGUUAAAGUGCGGCUGCUCAUAAGCUUCUGGAAGGAAACCGACCCCCUCACAUUUAACUUCAUCUCAUCUCUUAAAGCUAUUUGCACGGAAAUAGCCAACUGCAGCUUGAAAGUUAAAUUUUUCGAUCUGGAAAGAGAGAAUGCUUGCGCAACAAAGGAACAAAAGAAUCUCACCUUUCUGAAGCUAAACCGUAACAAGUACAUGGUGACAGAUGGAGCCGCCUAUAUUGGAAAUUUUGAUUGGGUAGGGAAUGAUUUUACCCAGAAUGCCGGCACAGGCCUCGUCAUCAACCAGGCAGACGUGAGGGACAACAGAAGCAUCAUCAAGCAACUAAAAGAUGUGUUCGAGAGGGACUGGUAUUCACCUUAUGCCAAAACCUUACAGCCCACCAAGCAGCCCAACUGCUCCGGCCUGUUCAAACCCAGAGCCCAAGCAAACAAAAGUGCUGCGGACGCCCAGCGCGAUGAGAUGAACUGAUCGUCGGCAUUCAUUUCCCGUUUAUACACCAAGGACUUGAGGAGAGAAAAACAAUUUAAUAUGUCUUUUUUAGGAGAAAAAAAAGCACACAUUUAAAAAAUUGAACGACAUGUAAUAUCUCUAGCUAACAAUAUCUACGCGCCUUGAACUGGUAAUUUAGGACUUUUGUAUUUGUUACUUCUGACGGAGAAUGUCAUUCUGGCUUAGAAGUUCGUUUUUAUGUUUGCAUACAAAACUUAAGACUUUGAUUCCCAUUUCCUGUUCCUUUCUGGUUUUAGAGCCCUUUCUGCUGACUACUGUUCCGUUCCUAGGAAGCUUAGCAUGAGGUGAGCUCUUUUCCUUAACACCACUCUGAGCACUGCUGACUGGGAGAGGAAGGUGAGGAUUUCACCUGGAAAAGACACAGAUGAAACCAAGGAUUUGCCUUUGUAAACCAUUUCCAAGACCUAUUGAAUCCCCUAAAUAUCCAUAGCUUAAACUGAUGCCACCCUUCGACACUCUGGAAAAAUACCCUUUUUGUGUGUCCUUCAGCAUUCUUAAUAUCAUAGGUUUUAUUUUAUCAGUUUAUCUUCUCGCAAAAUGUUCUUAUCAUAGAGUGGCCCUAUAUUCACCUCAAUAUUAGUUCCAAGUGUGGCAACAUCUUUUGAAAAUGAAUGAGUUCCUCAAAAUUGAUACAAAAUGGAAAUAACUGUCUUUAAUUUUCACCUCUCAACUACAUUCUUUCCCCUGCUGAAUCAGUUAUUUAAAGGCCACAGCCAGCAAUCAGUACCUUUUCACUCAAGCUCAGAACAAUGAUGUAGCCACCUGCUAAUAUCCAGCAAGCUACCCAGUCUGCAUUUUGAGAACAAAGUAGUUUUCCACAUUUUUUGUUUAGUUUACAGUAUUAUAAAGGAAAGGUCUUUAUGCGUGAGUGGAUUUAAAUUUCUUUAGAAUCAUUAUGUUGUUAAGAGUAUGCCAGCAAAUGUUUAUAGAGCUAUUUAAUAUACCUUCUGCUAUUUAAUAUACCAAAUGCUUUUCAGAGAAAUGCAAUUUAAAUACUGUGCUUAACAUAUUUUACUAAGAAACAAAAUAUUCGAUUACUGUUCUAUAACGUCAUUGUGUGUUGUUUUAUAUCUAUACAGUAUAUAACCGUGUGUUAAUAGAGACUGUUGCUACAUAAGACCCCAAGCAGGUGGCCAGGACACCCACACCCAGUGUGGCUCCUGAUGGUAAGGCUCAGAACAGAGCCUACACCCCUUGCCCUGGGGUUUCUAUCACUAAUGUAGAGACAGUAAUACUCACCUACCUCGCAAGGAUGUUGUCAUGGUAGGAGAUAUUUAUAACUUGUUUUGAAAUCAAAAGAACCUAUAUAAAUGCUAAGCAUUAUAAUGUUUAAUCCUUUUCUUGAAAUAAUCUCUGUGGUAACUGGAUAGAGUCAAGGCCAAGUCCUCCUCAAGAACCCAGAAGGGAAAACAAAUCCACAGCUUCCUGUUGCAAACAUGGAUGACAGCCAUGCAACGACACAAAGCCCCUGGUGGAGACCUGGCUUGUCAACAGCUGGGCAGAACUCUCUUGUUGGGUCCCUUUGGCAUAAAUAAUAUCAGCACACAACAAGGCAUUGUGCUAGGGGUCAUUCUUUAGAACCAACAUAUUGAGAUGUUUUCAGAGCAAGGACAAAAUCUGUUUCAAUCCUUGCUUUUCAUCUCUAGAAACUUGAUUUAGUGAAGAAAGGCGAUGCAGGAAGCUUGGAAGCUUUGCCUAGUGGGGUUGCAGGUACCAUGGCUGUUGUUGGUUAACUAGUGGUCCCAUUGCUUCCUUUCUGUUUCCAGGUAUUGCUUCACUGGAUCCUUAACCAGUCAGUCCGGAGAGCUGGAGAAAGCUGUACGGUUAAGGGUAGCAUGUUUUUAUGGCUUUGGGGUGAUUCUCAAUGGAACUUUUCAUCAGUAACGGCCAUCACCCAAGACUCUAAAUGCGCCCAUAUGCAUAGUCCUUGUUUGAGUAAGGACUUAUCCUCCAGUCCUCUGGUAAUGGUGGCUUCCGUGAUGGUUUUAGAAAGAAAGAGCAGAGUGUAGACAAGUGAACCUACCAAGUUCACAAACAAAAAGUUUGGAUUUGAAAAAGAACAUCUAAAGGGAAAGAAAAUAGUUACUUCCUUGUUGAUUCCUAGGUUGUCUGCUAGAGUACUGGUCCACAGCCAAGUGCGGGCCUAGAGAAGUGGUCUAUACUUUUUUAUUCAUGUGGUAGGAGAAGAGGAUGUCAUCUUUUAGGAAAUGAUUAUAGUUCCUCUUUUCUUUCUGAGGCCCAUCAAGUGGUGUUUCUGCCAGGCGCCAGCAGCUUCAGGGCUCUGCGGGAUGGCAACAUUCCUCCCCAGGGGCAUGAGGGUGGCAGAGACAAUACUGGCCUUCUGCAGCAGUCAGGAAAAUGGCCCCUGUCCUGGGAACAUCAUAGAUGAGUCUGUGUCUCCCAAGAGAGCAUUCUAUUCUGUAGAAUUUUCUCCUUCAUGUGAAUGCUGUUUCCCCUCCAGAGGUGGCCUUCUUCUCUUUGUGUCUGUGCUAAAUAGAUUGCUUACUUCCAUCCCUCCCGCUCCCAAACAUCCCAGGAAAUAUUUCUCAAGAGGAAAAGAGCAUAAAACAAAAACAUUUUAAUUUAAGAUUAUCAGGUAGAUGUCCAUGCCAGGGAUUAUAAGGAGGGUGACGAAUACUUUUUUUUUUUCCUCCAUAAACAUCUCAGAAGUUAUUUUCUAGGGGGAGGAAAAAGAAAACCAAAUACAAUUUGAGACCAAACCAUAUUUUGGAUUCCUCCGUCACUAACACUAAUCGAGUGCCUUACUCAUUCUGAAGUAUUGGUUUUAAACAAUGGUUUACUAUGUGAGGACACUUCUUACUCCGGAGUCUAAGAUGACCUUCUGCUGGGCCAGCCUAUUGAAAAUUUAGGCACGAGCAUCAACAGUUUUUUGUUUGUUUGCUUGUUUGUUGUUUGUUUUUGGUACCGGGAUCGAACUCAGUCCUUGCGCUUACAAGGCAGGCGGUGGCACCACCGAGCUAAAUCCCCGGCCCAAGCAUCAACAGUUUGUAUGUAGCCUGCUUCCUUCCCACCCCAAAGAAUGUAUCUCCCUGAAAUCAAAUCACUGAAAUACAUUGCCAAAUAUCAAUAUUGUUAGCCUCCGUUGCACUCACUGGCCACUGGUGUAUCGCAGACUCAGAUCACGGCUUAGCAGACCAUGGGAGAGGACAGAGAGCCUUCUGAGUGUCUACCUGUGUUCUGUAAGCACCGCAUGGUGGGUACCUGGAAAUGGCAGAAGGGAGGCACACUGAAAAUGUCCCUUCAAGGAAACUUGUAAAGGGAAAUGCCAUAGACUCCAUAGGUCCUGUGGAAUAUAUGUUAAAUGAAAGCUAAUGUCUUUAAAAAGUCAAAGUAGGGCCAGGGAUUUAGCUCAGUGGUGCCGCUGCCUGCCUGGCCAGUGCAAGGUCCCAAGUUCAAUCCCGGUACCAAAAAGAAAAAGUCAAAGUAGGCUCAUUUCAAGGAAUAAAAGGUCUGUGGAAGGAAACCCUUGGCACUGGGUAGCUUUGAGCACCAUUUUCCCCCAACUCUGUGCGGUGGUUCAUCUCAGGUCUGCUUUGGUUCUUAGUGAGUUGGGGGGGUCUCAUUUGGGGCUGAUCUUACCCUUUAAAAAUGUGUUUUGUUAAUGUGUUACUGGCUUGUUAAGAGUGCCUCGAUGAGCCCAGGACUCCCAGAAGCUCGUUUCCCACCAGCCUAUGGCUAUUCUCAUGUGACUUCGAUUCAUUCUGAGAGUUCUGUUCGUUUGUAGAAACUUUUACUGAACUAAAUUCCAGGAGGAAACUAAAAGACUAUAAGAAUUUCUUGAUAGAAACAGAUCCAAGAUCCGUCUGUCUCAGGAAUUCUAUCCUAGAACCUGCUCCCCCCACCCCAUACAUAUGACCAUUUUUAUGUGUUUCUUGAUCCAAAAUACAUUGUAUUAUUUCUAACAUUUAAGGAAUGUGAAAAGCUGCCUUUAUCUACACUAGAACAGUCAGCUCCUAUUACUAUUGGAUAUUCAAAUUCAGUACCUAUACAUAGCUUCAUCUAUUCUGGAUAUCAAUUCUUUAUCCUCCAGAACUUCUUUUCAAAAUACUGGUGCAAUUUAUUAUAAACCCUUGAAAGGAGAAACUCAUAUAACUCUCCUUUGGCCCAGAAUAGAUUGGAUGAGGUAAUCCACAUUCAAACAUUUUCCUAUUUACUGGAAACUGACUUCUUUCCUUUUCUUUUUAUAUGUUGUUAACCCAAUAGCUGCUUACUAUUUUUACCUUGCUGGCUUUAAUCAGUGUUGGAUUUUCACUAGCACUGAAGUCAACUCCAUUUAGGCUUUGUAUGGUGACUAGAUAGGUAUUCUUCAGAAGUUUCUUAAACUUGUAAAAACUUACUUUUCUUAUUUUCGACCCAGUCUUGUACUUAUGGAAUUAUAAAAGAUCACAGAUCACAGAUCACUUAGAUAUCUUUUGGGACUCUGACUAAAAAGAAAUGUGAAAUUUAACAGUCCAUCAUGUAUUUUUCUUUUUCUGUGUCUAACUACUAACCUUCUAAUUCUGUUGCAAAGGAUCUCUUGGAAUUUUUAAUGUACCUUUAUAUAAGUAGGAUAAACAUUCACUGCACAUAUCUAUAUUAUUAACAUUCAGAUUCCUAAAUAAUUUGGUGUGAUAUAGGGAAGAAUUUGUAGGGAAUCAUUAAAAUGAUCAAAUCUUUCCUAUAACCAAAUGCUCAAUUAUUUUCAGAAGUAAAUUUAUAUGGCUUUUUCAUACUGUGAGAUGAAGUAUUUCUUUUUCCCCUCAGCUUGGUCUCAGAAACGAACUUGCUUCCCUGCUAGUAUAGUUAACAAAGUAAAUGUAGCUGACCCAACAGGCUAUGGGCCCACUGUUUUAUAUAGUCACUCAACAGGCACUUUGUAAAGCUACUCCUAUCCCUCUAUAAAGUUUGUUCCUAGUAUUGAUUUGGAUCAAAUAAGUCAUCUUUCUUAGUGAAGAAACAAUUAUGGAACCAGGAGCUACACUGUGGUCUUUUGACAGAAAAAGUGUUUGUGGAUACAAGGUCAGAUGCCUCUUGUAUCCACUGCUCUCUGAUCGAGACAUAAAUCCAUGAUCAAAGACACUUAUGUCUUCUCAGCAAAUCCAUUUGGUUGGUAUAUUUUUACAGUGCUGGGCAUCAAACCCAGAGCCUCCUAGGCAAAUGCAUACCAGUAAAUUACACCCCCAGGGGCUGGGUACUUAGCUCACU